GUGACGUAUGAACGGCCGAAAACGAAAAGCCUCUGUGUGCCGUUGUUAUCUUCUAACAUUUCUGAAGAAUGGAGACAAACGGCCAGGCAAAUGGGCCUAAAUCUAAAAAGGAAAAAAAUGGUGAUACGAAGGACAACUUAUGGUCUGCGAUUUUAGAAGAAGUCCAGAAUCAGGGCAAUACAAAACUACCUUCAAACAAAAAUGUGUUAGUUUUGGGUAACAAUGAGACUGGCAAAACCACAUUAAUCGCGAAAUUGCAAGGAGUAGAGGAUCCUAAGAAGGGGUCAGCACUCGAAUAUGCAUAUAUAGACGUUAGAGAUGAAUACCGCGAUGAUCAAACGCGUCUCAGUGUAUGGGUACUGGAUGGUGAUCCAGGGCACACAAACCUGCUCAAGUUUGCCCUCAACGAAGAGACGUUCCCCCAUUCACUGGUCAUCUUCACGGUGGCCAUGACAACGCCAUGGGGGAUUCUAGAGCAGCUACAGACCUGGGCCACGGUGCUCGGGGACCAUAUAGACAAAUUGGAUCUCACACCUGAACAAAGGUUACAGAGUAAAAAACAGCAGCAACAGAAAUGGCAGCGGUACACAGAGCCCGGAGACGAGAUGGAGCAAGCGGCUUCCUCGCCCAUGAAAAGGUCUUCCCGAAACUUGUCAGAUGACCUUGACAGUGAGGAUGAUGAGAACCCCCUGCCUGAAGCUGUGUUGACCACUAAUCUGGGGUUGGAUAUAGUGGUUGUUGUCACUAAGACUGACUACAUGAGCACCUUAGAAAAAGAGCACGACUACCGCGACGAGCACUUCGAUUUCAUGCAGCAAUGGAUCCGGCGGUUCUGCCUCCAGUACGGCGCAGCCCUAUUCUAUACCUCGGCUAAAGAGGACAAGAACUGCGACCUGCUGUACAAGUACCUCACGCACAGGAUAUACGGCCUGCCGUUCAGGACCCCAGCGCUCAUUGUUGAGAAGGACGCUGUGUUGAUACCCGCUGGUUGGGAUAGCAUGAAGAAAAUUAGCAUAUUAUACGAAAACAUGCAGAGCUGUAAGCCGGACGAUUACUACAGAGACAUCAUAGUGCAACCAGCAACACGAAAGACUGGAGCGAACCGGGAAGCAGAAGUAGCGGCGGAAGACGAGCAGGCGUUCUUACAACGGCAGCUCGCCGCAUUACAAGCAGGGGCGCCCGCGCCUCGCGCCGAUUCUCCGCUGCGAGCCGCGCAGCGCGCCACGCAGCUGGACGGCGCCAAGAUCGGCAUGGGGCCGGGCACGCCGGGCAACGAGGGCGUGCUGGCCAACUUCUUCAACUCGCUGCUGUACAAGAAGACCGGCAGCCCCGCCGGCCGCGCGCCCGACCCCGCGCCCGGCGCCGCCGCCGCCGCCGCGCGCUCCGACGCCGCCGCGGAGCUAGACCGCUUAACCCGGGCGAAGCCGCGUCCGCCACCUCCGAUUGACCUGAACUCAUCCUCUGAGUGCUAGCGCUAAGGGUACAAUGUCGUACGGCGGGCAUACAAAGCACUCGCCUGCACCGCGCUCGUUACACAAUGCUGGCUUGUACUUGUCGACGCGACCUUACUCGCGGCCGGGUAAGCAACCAUCCCGUAGGGCGAUCCCGGACCCCGGGCCACAGUCCCGGACUACAAGCCCCCGUAGCUCCCUGCUUCGUCUUAACGCGUUAUGAGAUUCUUCCAGUCGCGGUGUUAUAGGAUUCGGUGGAUCGCGAACAUAGUUUUGUACUCAUUUUAUAAAGAGUUGGGCGCCAUUUGUAAAACCUGUUUUAAAUUAAUAUAUUAGCAAAUACUAUUAGGAUUUUAUUGAAACUUCUAAUAUUAUAAAACUAAUAUUUAAUAUUAAAAUGGAUCGGUGGCAUUGUGAGCGUCCGCGACUACACUGUAUUGUUUAUAUAAAUUAGAUAUUUAUGCAAUGAACUUGAAUUUGAAUAGCCUUCAAUGUUGCUCUACGAGGAUAAUUUUCUAUUCUGUAACAAUUUUUGUUUGUAAUUGUUCAUGAUAUUAAAUAAGUAUUUAUUUAGAUAGCAUCGUGAAACUGAUUGUAGUUAAAAGAUUAAGCCCAGCAUUCACUACACGACACUUAUAAUACCGUUGAAAAACCCAUCAUCGAAUACUUUUUAGAUAACUGUACGCUGCGCGUCGUAUUUAUAAGUGAGUUUGUUAGUCACCAAAUCCGGCUUACAUGGAAAUGACUCUGUGAAAUGCUCAUAAGAGGUUUUAUGAAGUUGUAAUAGUUCUAUUAAUGGUCGACCUGUGUUGUCGGUGUGAAUGCUGGGCUUCAUAAGCAUCAUCUGAGAUUAGGAGGUUCCAAACAUGUGAUCUUCUGUGAAGACUGGCCGUGUAAGAUCAGGACACGUUUAUGCACAAUGAAGUCACUAUUUGUACAAAUACAAACCGUGUUUAUGUACAAUUACAAUAUUUGUAUGUAACAAUCAUUUCAUACGCUCAUAUGUAAAUUGUUUUCGACGGUCCGAGAUGUAAUGGUGACCUUUAUUGUGUGUUUUAAACGAAUUUAUUUAUUACUUAACGCAUAAUUCUCAUUUUGAUUUGUUUACCCCCACAGACAGUUGAAAAUGUUUAUAGAACUUUUUUAUGUUUAUGUGAAUGUAACUUAUUUUUUUAUUGAAAUUGGAUUUUGUUCUUAACAUGGUGCAAUACUGAACAUUCCAAACGUGGUUUGGUGCUUAUUAUUAUAGUAAAAAUAUUGAAUAAUAUAUGGCGUUUCAUUUCAUUGCUUGCCUUGCUGCUCUCUCAUUCGACUUCUAACGGUUAAUGAUAGCGUUGUCUCGCUCUAAAGGUCAUCAUUAUAUAUUGGUUCCAUUUUUAACUUUCCAAUCAUUAUGCUUCAAAUUUAUGAUAAAUUAAUAUUCCGAAUCAUAUCUUAGCGUACUUAAUCUCAUUAAAUUUGAACCCCCAAUGAAAUGCCGUCGUUUAGGCAUUUGAGUUGCAUAACAUUAAUAUUUAUGUUACUAUUAAAUAAUAAACUGAGGGUUUUGUGUAACUUAUUAAGUUAUUAACUUGCAUAGCUUAGAUAUUUAAUCAUUAAUAUGACUGCCUUGACAAACUUAUUUGGGCACCAUUUUAUCGGCAGCUAUAAAGUUAUGCCAGAUGAGUAGAAAAACUUGGCUUGCACUCUGCUGUGCACAUAUUACAAUGGCCUAACGCUUUGUAAAUAAUUAUUUUAAAGUAUUAUCUAGUUUAAUAAAUAAAAUAAUCCUGAAAGUAACACAAUAUAUCAAUGGAAUUUUUAUUAACAAUAUCAUAUUUCUCACAAUCUGUUUUAAUGUGCAGCUAACAUCAUAACUAAUAAUUCCACACAUUCCUAAAAGGAAUAUAACUAUACUAUUACGCCUAAAUAAGUUUGUCAAUAUCUCUUUUUCCAUGUUCUACUGAAAGUUAAAUCACAUUUUUAAUUUUUACUUUGUUUUGUAUUUAAUGAGGAGGCUCAAAGGUUAUGACAGAUGGCGCCACCAUAUUAUUAGUCCAUUGCACAGAUGAAUAAUUUCAUACAUAAGAGCGAGAUGAUGUUUUUUUCUCUCUCUCACACAUAUGAAUGACAGUGACAUGCAUAGGCACUUGCACACCCGCCGCCUAGCGGGAUAAAAUGUCAGUGUGCUUCCUCAUUCUUACUUUUAUAUACCUACAUCAUUCAAAAGGUUUUACAUUGUCGCUAGUUUUUCUCCUCUCAUUAAAUUUACAUAGGUAUCUUUCUAGUUUUCUAUUCCAACUACAGCAAUACCUAUGUAAUUUGGUUUCUUAUUAAUAAUUUGAGUUAACUUUCACGGAUCAAGGUAGGUAAAUAAUAACUCAAUGUAUGUAGAAAAUGGAUGGCAUGAGAAAAAUGUACAAUCUACUAAAUAGUCUGUUAAAGCAGCUACACAUGGGGAUGGUAGGUAAUAAGAAAAAGACACCUAAUUAUUAUACGAGAUGUGUCUGCGAAUACGUUAUAAUAAUUAUACCGACAAAUCCUCACGACCAAUGGCCCAUUUCAGAAAACUGAAAGUUACAAGCGGAAGUCUCUUUCCAACUUGUCAUAUUAGACAUUGACUACCACUUAUAAAUUGUAGCUUCGAGAAAUGGGCCCCUUGCCACCUUGCUCGCAUGAUAUGUGAAUGCAUAUGGCUCUGACCUCUGACAGUUGUGCACAUCCACGUAAACACAACCGAUGUGCUCUACCGGUUUUCAUGUUCAGUUGUGAUGCGUCAGUGAAAAAAUAACGAUUGUAUUUUAGUAGAUUGUCAAUUUUCUUUACAAGCAAUCGAAGGGCUUGUCAGUUUUGAUACGAAAUUUGUAUGGAACGUAAUGGAGUGAAUAUAAACUAUUUUUAUAAUGGGGACAAAAUGUUAGGUGGCUAUACGCAUUACUUAUCAGUACCUAGAACUAACGUAUUACUAUUUGUAAGAUAUAUAGCUGACCAUGUUACCUAGGGUGUAAGGAAAAUACAUAUUUCGCACUAGUGGGGCUUGAGGCUUAUUUCUCACUUCUGCUAUAAUAACUACUAAGUUAGGGUCGGUAAACAUGGCUGGUCAGCACUACUUGAAAUAAAGUAAUAACUAUUAAACAUGCCAUUGGUUUACUACCUAUGCUAAACUCGGGAAGUGCCCAGCGCUACGUUUAAAACUUGUACUGAAUUAAAGUAUCAAGUCUCGAUUUGGGCCUAAGUCGCUUAAAAUGUCUGCAAUAAGAGUACAUUAUUUAAUUUACUCUCUGGUGUGAUGUUAGCAUAUUUGGAGAAAAAUCCAUGAUCUGGCGUGUUUGUGCAGAAUAUUUGCUGUAAAAAAGCUUUAGUAAAAUUCAGUUAGUUCAAAAUUAAACCCUGAGUGCUAUUUUUCUACAACAAUUCAUAAUAAGGCGUUCUUGUGUCACUAAAAUAUGAUUUAGUGAAUUAAUGAAACUUGCAAGGUGAGAAAAAAAUCUGAAAUUACCAAUAAUGUUAUUAAAUAUAUAUCAUAUAAUAUGACCUUAAUGUCAAGAAAAUUGCAUAAUACUUAUGUAGUAAUUUAUAAAGUAAAAAUAUAAUUAAAAGCUUAAUUCAGUAUUUAACUUCAUAUUUAAAUCUGGAACGUUAACAAAUAGUUAUUGUUAUUGGUUCUACAAUCUACAAGGGGGCAAAGUUUCAGUUUUCAAUUCUUGAAUCUUGAGCGUUGCAAGGGUUUUAAGUCAAAGAUUGGACAAAAUAAAAUCUAUUUUUAAAUUAUUAUUGCUAAAUAUUUACAUUUCAAAAUUAUGACUUAAAAGCCGAUUCUUAGUUAUCCUCAACUCAAAUUUUGCAUGUAGUUAUAAUUUUUCUUUUGAAUUUAAACUUGUAUUUACUGAUUCCUAGGUAACAUUUUAAGUAUAUUUACGUAUGCGAUGUGUAUGUUUACUUGAUAUUAUUAUGGUUUCGAAAACAGAUUAAAUGAAAGUUUGCUUCAGCAGAAAUCUAUUAUAAAAAUUGUAUGUACUAGUCAAAACACCAGUGUAAGUUCAUUUUUUAUAAUGCGUCUUUCUGUGAUAUGAUUUUUAUAUUAAUAGAACAAAUAUCCUCUUGUUACAAAAUGCAUGAAAAUUCUACUUUUUUAGGUUUAGCGUACAGUAAGAAUCCAAAUGUUAUUUAGAGUCAAAAUGCCUAUAUAUAUGCAAUGUAUUGUUUCCUUAUAAAUCUUAUAAUCCUUAUUGAUAUCGGCAUAAAAAUAAAGGGGUUUUGCAAUACAUUCGGUCACUUUGGUUAUGUAUUAUAUUUGGGAUGCUGACUGUACCGUAUACGACACUAUAAAAGUGACUUUUUCAUGUAUAUUUAACAUUUAUUCUUCUUAUAAUAUAUUAUGUAUUGGCCACGUAACAUCCUCAGCUAAGAGAUUUAAUAAUAGGAUUUUAAUGCGUUGUUUAAUUUGAUUUAUGCUCAACUGUUUAAGAUGUUUUGUUAAUGUUAUUUUAAAAUGAAUAAUUAUAACAGUUUAAACAUGAAAUUAAAAAUAGAUGUGGUGAUCUGACAUAGUGAAAGUUAGUGCCAAUGCAAAGUAAAUCUUAUGAUUUAUUCACAAGAUACAUACUUAGUUGCAAUAAUUAAAUCGAUUGAUCUAAAACACUGUUUGUUAGUCUCGCAUCUAUUGUUUAUUCAAUCUAAUAUUUUAGGUAUAAUUGGGAGCCAUUUUGGUUGUAAAAUAAACAGUUGUAGCAACUCUGGCUAAGGCAUAGUGAUUUAUUAUUAGAUUCUCAAUAGUUUUGUUACGCUUUGUGUAAGAAUAGAUCCUAGUAAUCAUUUUAGUUGUUAAAUUAUUAUUUAAAGAGAAAAAAAUCGAAAAAUUAAUUAUAGUAAGCGACAAAUCGAUACAAUUAUAUUGAGUGUAACAUAUUUAAUACAUUGAAUUAAAAAAUAUAUCUUUAAAGUGACGGACAGUGUACAUCCAUAUUUGAACACCCAUCUGUUGCCUAAGCAUAACGGCUCAGCCUCAGCCCACGAUAUUGGUCUAAGCGCGACAGCGUUGAGCGGCGACCAUACAUUGGAGCGAGACAGCGAUGGGACUUUUCAUUCGCACGUAUGGCUGCCGCUCACCGCUGUCGUGCUUAGGCCGAAAGUACACUAUCGUAUGUUAACAUAGAUUAGAAAUAUGAUCAUAGGUUUGUCUGUAUGCCUCCCUUUUUCUCCAAUUUGAAGAAAAAGGACGGCAUGUUGCCUAUGAUCAUAUUUCUAUGAUAGUGGACUAUCGGCCUUAGACCAAUGUCGUGGCUGGGCCGUAAGAGACACUCUAAAUUAACCAUUUGACCAAUACUGAACCUUACGGCUUAUUAAUAAGGUACAUGAAGGCUCAGUUACUAGUUGAUGGUAGUUAAGUACUGUCUUUUUCAUUAGUAAUAGUAACUUUUGAUUGUGAUUAAAUCUCUCACAAUGAGAGUUACCAAGCUGAUGAACUGACCCCGUUAAAAAUACUAGGUAUUCAACUACUAAGAACGUACUUACUACUUAAUAGAAAUUCUGAAAUGUACCUAUUAGAAAACCUCCAUCUUAUUUAAAACUUCUUAAGUAUAAA